ACCAUCACACUCACCCCCUCCGGCUCACAAACUCAACCGUCCACACGGACCCCGGUGGAAGGAACAGUGUCCUCCAGCUCUUCUUUAAGUCCAGGGGUGGCCACGCCAGCGGCAACUACCCAAUCCCAGGGCAGAAGCGAGACCUCGUUUCCACUGAUCACUGAGGAGGAAAUCUGCAGGUUACCAGGCCAGCUCAGAAUCCAGCCUUCCCUGUGGAGCAAGGAGGAUGUGAUUCAUUGGCUGAGAUGGGCCGAAAAGGAAUACUCCCUCCGGCGGAUUGUGGAAAACAAAUUUGAAAUGAACGGAAAAGCCCUCUGCAUCCUGACCAAGGACGACUUCCGAUACCGAGCCCCGAGUUCAGGUGAUGUUUUGUAUGAACUACUUCAGUACAUCAAGACUCAGAGGCAAGCCCUGGUCUGUGGGCCAUUCUUCAACACACCACUGAGGCAGACGUUAGCUGGACAGCACCAUGGGCCUUUGGAAGAGCGGAUGUACCAAUCCCACCCUCCCCUCAAAGGAGUCCUACCAGUCCACCCACUGGACGUGGUGUCCGUCAACUCUCCGAGCAAGGCCGACGCCUCCCGCCCGCCGAGCGGGAUCUUCCGCAGGGAGGAGCCACUCAAUCUCUCGCACAGAUCUGAAGUCAGCUACAGCGCCGAGGUUAUCUGCUCUUUUACCACAGUCCCACAGGCCCCCAUUGAUGGGAAAAUAGCAGACUGCCGGUUGCUCUGGGAUUAUGUGUAUCAGCUCCUUUCCGACCGCCGAUACGAACGUUAUAUCAAGUGGGAAGAUCAGGAGGCCAAGGUCUUUCGAGUCGUUGACCCGAAUGGGCUUGCCAGACUCUGGGGAAACCACAAGAACCGAGUCAACAUGACGUAUGAGAAGAUGUCACGGGCUCUGCGGCACUACUAUAAACUGAAUAUAAUCAAAAAGGAACCAGGCCAAAAGCUGUUAUUUAGAUUUCUGAAAACCCCUGGGGAGAUCGUCCAUGACAAAUCGAGCAAGCUGGAACAGCUCGCCCACCAGGAGCAGGAGGGCCUGGACUUCCAGGAGGAGCUGCUAGAAGUAUCGCCCUAAGGAACUCCCAACCCCGGAAGAUGCUCUCUGGACAAUGCCCAGGGCUUCUCCUGCCCCCUGAGGAUGCCAGCCUGGGCCACGGCCAUUCCUGCUUCCUGAACUCUGGGGUCCCCUCUUCCUCACCACUCCACCCCAGUCACUGCUUUGGGUUAGUUUAUAUUUUCCUUCACGACUCUGAAAGCAGCUUGGAGGAUAGGAGGGGAGUGGGGUGGGGAGAAGGGGAGUGGGGUGGGAGGAGCUUGAGAUGGAGAAGGCAUCUCCCACUGGAGAUGAACACCUUGCCAUUCGCUGUCUCCCGUUUUUCUGUCCUGUAGGGAUUAUGUUUGGGAUGGUUGAGGGUUGGGUGGCCCUGGGACGAGGUGGGGAUUGAAUGAAGGUAGGUAGGUACCA